UACUCAUCAAGCAAAAGCAAAAGCAAAUUUCAAUAUUUCUAUUUCAAUCCAUUCCCUAGAGAAGCAAUGGCAAGCAUGAGAGUUUCUUGUGUGGUUGCAUUGAUGUGCAUGGUGGUUAUUACUGCACCAAUAGCAGUAACUUCCGUCUCAUGCAUCAAGGUUAGUGCUUACCUUACUCCAUGCCUUUCUUAUCUUAAGGGUGGCAGUGGCCCCUCGAAACUAUGCUGCUUUGGAGCAAAGAAGCUUAACGGGACGGCUGGCACUACCGCCGACCGUCAAGCCACUUGCAAGUGCUUGAAGAGUGCUGCUGGUUUCGUUUCUGGUUUGAAUGACACCAACGCCGGUACUCUCUCUGCUAAAUGCAGUCUUAACCUUCCCUACAAGUUUGGCCCUGAUACCGAUUGUAGUGGCAUCACUCUCUAAAGAGUGUGUAUGAAAUGAGAGGAAGAAGGAGAUAGCAUGGCACUUCUUUCUACUUCAAUAUUACCAGCACUAGCAGUAUGAUUAAAUAAAUGAAGAGCAAUGAAGGCUCAACUUAUGCAAGUUUCCUUAUGUUUUUGUGGUGUGCAAUGAAUUAUUUCCUUGUUUGUUUGUGGUAUUGGUAAAUGUAAUAAAGACAUAUGAUAUAUUAUU